AUGGAUCUGAUUCUUUGUCUUACAACCCUCAAACGAACCACAGCUCCAACUGCCCGUCCUGCUUCCCCUAUUUCCCAUGAGGCGUCUGUCGGUGAGACGGGGGCUAACUCUCGCUGCAAACCUCCCGGACCUGCAUCUCCUAUGUCUUCUACUUCCUCCCUUUCUGCUUCCCAAAGCACUAGUGCUACUUCAGGCAUUGCAGCCAACAUGUCGGCCUCCCCCUCUUCUUUUGUCCCCUCGACGAAUCCUAUUGGUAGCCUGCUUCCCACGGCUGGUUUGACGGCUGGAGUAGCAGGUAUUGGGAGCGGAAGUGGGGCUCUUGGCAAUCCGAAACGUGCCUACGAAGCCUGGUUGAUGGAGCUUCGCGUUCGAACUUACUUGGCCAAUCUUCGCGUUGUCCGCGAGCCCCCAAUACUCACUGAGAUGUCGCUUCGUGUUGAGCCGAACAAAGUGGCUGGCCGUGAGCGCCGGGCGGCGGAAAGAGCGGCCAAAGAGAGGAUAAAAGAACGUGAGCGGGAACGAGAAAAGGAGAAGGAACGAGCUAGAGAGGAGAAAAAGAAGGAAAAAGAGAAGGAAACUGAAAGUAUGUUCUCUUUAAUUCCCAUCCUUUACAUCUCUCAAUCAACUCAUUAUCCGAGCUCUCCUCUGGUGCUUCUUUUAUUACUUUUAUAA